CCCUUUCUAUGGCUUGCUGAACCCAUACCUUGAAACCAAACCGAAACAAUGUCAUCAAUUCCGUUCUCCUCCGCCACCACCACCACCACCAUCCACCAUCCACCACAUUCACCGGAAUCACUCGCAUCACUAAUCACAACCUCCAAAACCCUCAAACAACUCACCCAAAUCCACGCAUUUUCAAUCCGCCACAACUUUAACAACCACCCUUCUGUAAACUUCAAACUCCAACGCUCUUACUCCUUUUUUAACCGUCUAGAUUUAUCUUUUAACCUUUUUAACCGCACCCGCAAACCCAAUGUGUAUUUCUACACUUCCAUGAUACACUCUUUAGCAGUAAAUAACCUUCAUUCUGAAGGAAUGGAAUUAUAUAUACAAAUGAUGUAUGCAACUGUUGAACCAAAUGAAUUCACAUUUUCAGCUGUUUUAAAGGGAAGUGAGCUAAAACAUGGAAAAUUGAUUCACACCCAUGUGAUAAAAUACGGUUUUGAGGGUAAUAUGCACGUCAGAACAGCUCUUGUUGAUGUUUAUUCACGAGGUAGCGAUUUGGUAAAUGCACGUAAACUGUUUGAUAAAAUGCCUGAAAGAAGCUUGGUAUCUUUAACCUCUAUGAUAACCGGGUAUGCUAAUCACGGGGAGAUAGUACAAGCGCGGGCUCUGUUUGAUGGAAUGGUGGACCGGGAUGUUGUAUGUUGGAAUGUGAUGAUUGGUGGGUAUGUUAAGUUCGGAAAACCGAACGACGGAUUAACACUUUUUAGAGAAAUGUUGCGAAUGAAGAUGAAGCCUAAUGAAGUUACGUUGGUUUCGGUUUUAUCUGCUUGUGGACAGCUUGGUGUGUUGGAAUCGGGCAAAUGGGUUCAUUCUUAUAUGGAGAAUAAUGGAAUGAAAAUGAAUGUUCAUUUGGGUACUGCUUUGAUUGAUAUGUAUAGCAAAUGUGGUAGUUUAGAAGACGCACGAGUUAUCUUCGAUAAGCUUGAGAAUAAAGAUGUCGUUGCUUAUAAUUCGAUGAUUAGUGGUUAUGCAAUGCACGGGUUUUGCCAAGAAGCUUUGUUGUUGUUUAGCAACUUGUGUAGUAGGAUGCAUAUACGACCUACGGAUAUAUCAUUUAUAGGAAUCUUGAGUGCUUGUGCUCAUUCGGGUUUGGUUUCAAUUGGAAAGGGUAUAUUUCUUUCAAUGAAAAGGGAAUACAGAGUUGAACCAACGAUCGAGCAUUAUGGAUGUAUGGUUAACCUACUUGGUCGAGCUGGUUAUCUUGAACAAGCAUAUGGGCUUGUCAAGAACAUGAAGGUUAACCCUGAUCCAGUCAUUUGGGGAACUUUGCUAGAUUCAUGUACCCUUCAUAAAAACGUGCUUCUAGCAGAAGAGAUCGUUAAGUUUUUGGUAGAUCAUAACCUGGCAAAUUCGGGCACUUAUAUUCUUCUUUCAAACUUGUAUGCUGCUACUUCAAAUUGGGAUGGGGUGGCCCAAAUGAGGACCAUGAUGAAAGACCAUGGGGUUUACAAAGAGCCUGGAUGUAGCUCGAUUGAAGUGCAUAACAAGAUGCAUGAGUUUGUUGCAGGGGACAUGAAACACCCGAAUAGUAAAGAGAUAUAUAAGAUGUUGGAGGAGGUGAACGGGUGGCUUAAGGCUCAUGGUUAUCGUCCACAAACUGAUAUCGUGUUACAUGAUUUUGGAGCUAGGGAAAGAGCAAGAUCGUUAGAAGUUCAUAGUGAGAAACUUGCUAUAGCAUUCGGGCUUAUUAGUACUAAGCCUGGAACUAGUAUCAAGAUUGUGAAGAAUCUCAGGGUUUGUUUGGAUUGUCAUGAAGUAACGAAGUUGAUCUCGAUGAUCACUAAACGUAGAAUCAUUGUUAGAGAUCGAAAUCGGUUUCACCAUUUUGUGGAUGGUUCUUGCUCUUGUGGGGAUUAUUGGUGAUUAGAAGUUAGAACUGGGCAUAUUUUAUAUGAUUAAAAACCUGUACAUUAAAAUGCCUAAAGCUACAUAAUAUCAAUGUGUGUAUUUCAGCCAA